GUCGCCCCAGCCCGACCUUCGUCUCGGCGUGGCCGUUCCGUGCUUGAGGCAUUGCGUGAUGGGUCCUCAAGCUAGGGGCCAACACUUCCGUGUGCAUGGUCGUGAGUUCCAGCUCAAAGCUCAGCCAUGAGACGGACGAUGUCACUGCUUGGCUGCAUCUCUGUGGCCUGUCAAUGCCAGUCGCCCAGUCGCCCAGUCGCCCUGAAGACAGGCCUACAUCUCAACUCGGCCGUCGAGGGCGAUUUCAUGCAGUACCCACUGAGGCAUCCUACCCUUGCGUUGGGUUUGCAUGUCAUCGUCAAAGAUGGCUUCCGACGGGAGUGUGCUCCCAUGCGGCAAGACGCGUGGAGCAGCGGCCAAGGCGCGGCAGAGGUCGAGACGAGACAGGCGCGAACCAUGAUGGGGGCUUGGUGUUUGGCCUGCUCAGCCGUAGCGCCGGCUAAGCGGCUACUGACUCUCUGCUUCGCCGCCCAGCAGCCGUGAGGGCCUCGUUUGCGCUUCCUGAAACAAGGCGCCAGGACGGCUCUGUCAGGCUGGGGUGCUGAGGUCUGCCUGGGCUCGACCUAGUACUACAUACGGUGGCAUCCAGGUCGGAGAGUUUCCAACCAUUAGUGACGCCCACGACGAUGCCCUUUUGAGUCAGUCCCACAGCUCAUGCCUCUCGGGCCUUUCCUCAACCUUGUUUAUUGCCCGAUGCUAGUUCGCUUUGGAUCAGCUCUCGGGAUGGGUUGUUUCGCAUCUCCAAGGGCGUCAGUCAGUCAGCCAGCCAGUCAGUCGACAUGAGUGCCUGAUUCUUGACUGGCUGCAUGGUCUCGCCCGGAGAUGGCCGUCGAUAGCUGCUUCAACCCUUCAGACCUGCGAGGAGAUGGGAUAUCGACCCUAACCCAGGGUCAAACAUCACUCUUCCUUGGAUCUUGACAUCACAAAGGCCUUGUCUUCAACACCUUCUUAGCUUCUUUACACAGUACUCCGUAUGCGGCGGGCUUGAGGAGUGGCGUAGCGACCACCUCGCUUCGGGCAGAGAGAGAUACCCAGCUAGCUAGCCGGCUAGUCAAACACGUUGUUUCGUUUCAUCGUCUUGUGGAUCUUCUUCAGCUCUCGCAGCCCUGCCCGAGCCGUCCCUCACAGGGAUUCAGGGAUCCGGGCUCAACACUGCCUAAAGGAGAAGCCACCCUUGUCGCUGGUCAGGGUUUGAUUCAAGGGGCAAUACGAACCCACCGUCCUGGAUCGCACUCGACCUUGCAGGCUGCCGCCCAUAGUGGAGGCCCCAAGACGAUCCAGAACCCAAGGCUUUCGAAACUCCAGACAGGUUGACGUAAGGCUUUAAGAAUCAAUAUCUCUUGAGCGGGCCCCUCUUAGGACAAUGGCAGCGUACCUUCUUCUCUGAUGCCGCGUGCAGCCUCCCUCUCUGCCGUUCCCACCAGUUGACCACAAUCACACAAACACACACCUUCACCCAUCACCCCCCAACAUGACAGGGACUCAAGAGGCGAGCCACCUCUCCGACUCGUCGUCCCGACGGGUCGAAAAGGAUUUGCCACCUUCGCCACCCAAAUCCGCAGCUGUCGAGACAUUUUCACAGGCCCAAUUUCAGAAGCAGAUGCAGCAGGGUCAACAACAACAAAGUUCGGGGGCUCUCAUAGAGAUAGUGGACUUGCCUGCACCACACAGCGGUCACAUCAGAAUACUGCAGAUCAGCAGGCCAUCCGCCUCCAAUGCCAUCUCAUACGCAUUGCUCUCCGCCCUGCGGAAGGAGAUCCAGACAAUUCAAGCACAGUACAGCCAGUUUACGGGCGCAGAGAUGCCAUGGACCGAAGGCGAUAUCAAAGGCCCAACAAGAGCCUUGAUCAUAGCUUCAGCGGUCGAUUCAUGCUUCUCUGCUGGUGCGGAUCUGAAGGAGUUGGUAGGAUUCACGCAAGAGCAGGUAUCCGGCUACUUCUCGUCAUUAAGAGAUACGCUGAAAGCACUCUCAAAUCUUCCGAUACCUACCAUCUCAGCAAUCGGCUCGAGCGCAUUUGGAAGCGGCUUCGAGCUUGCCCUGGCUACCCAUUUCAGGAUCAUGUCAUCAAAUGCCUACAUCGCACUCCCGGAGACCGGCCUCGGCAUAAUCCCAGCCGCAGGUGGUACCCACCGCUUAUCCACGCUCAUAGGCGUCGCGCGCGCACGCGACAUCAUCCUGACGGGCCGGCGGGUGACGGCGCCAGAGGCGGUCUCCAUGGGAAUCGCAAACAGGAUGGUGGAUAUGGCCGCGGACGAGCCAGGUCUCCAGGAUCUGCCCUUCCUCGGGGUUGCGCGGCGCAAGGUCCUGGUCGAGGCCAUCCGGCUGAGCGAAGAGAUCUGUGAGGGCGGUCCUGUAGCUGUGAGGGCAACGAUACAGGCCCUGAAGGAACCCAGUGAGAAGUCGGAGAAGGCUAUGAUGGAGAGAGUUGUGGGGAGUGAGGACUGGUUCGAAGCCCUGAGGGCCUUCGGAGACAAGCGGAAACCGGUGUUCAAGGGCAGAUGAAUGCCCAGGUGGGAGUCGAACUGGCCCUGGAACGUAUAUCAACAAAUAAUUAUGUCGUCUUUAAAUACCCAUGAUGACCUGUAAAAGGAUAUGGGCCGCUUCGUUCUUAGACGAGAAUUAUCAUAUGUUGAUACGAGUGUGGGUAUCCCAUUGACUUCAGGACUUCAUCUACUUUCGGCGGCGCUAAAGGUGUUCAACGUUCAUUAUCUAGUGCCUGGCCUAUAUCAAAUUGAUUCUUCUUUCGGCAA